CUUAGUAUCACAAGAUAUCACGAGAUCAAGGGUGGCUGAUGUCCCAAUAAAUCUGUAUUGAGUACUUGUCACACGCGUCGUGUUCGAAUAUACAUUCGCAACGUAGGUAGAGACAGCAUCGCAGGCAGCGUUUCUUGCUUUCAUCCAACGUAAUUCCCGACGUCAUGUAUACGGCGGUCUUUUUGGCGUUAGCGUUCCUCUGCGUUGGACAGGCGUUUGGAGACGUCAAGUCUUGCAUGUACAUGGAUCCUACUGGAAAGACUUACGAUUUCAAGACACUCGUCAAUCCGAGCGGCUACUACAUGUUCAGCCAGCAGGUGUGGCAGAUCGGCGACUACAGCCUCGACUCGCUGGUUGCCGACACGCAGGUCAAUGUGACCUUCUACCUACAGGUGUGCAGCAACAUCCUCGCCCCACCCACCGGCUGCACGGACCCAGGGGCGGCCUACUCGGUUACCCCUGACGGAAAGUGUAUAUCCUGGGGCGAUAUCAAUGUGGCUACCUUUGACCCCAACCCAUACCAAGACGGUGCGAACAUAAAAAUGUACCACGGCUCCGCCGUCGACCACCUGGCGAACUACAACUCCAUUCUCUAUUUCGUGUGCGACGAAGGCAAGAACGGUCUGCGGGCCACGGUCCCCUCCUUUGAGCACGUGAAGGCGCCCCUCAACCAGGCCCACUUCAAGAUCGUCACGAAUCUGGCGUGUUAACAAGUGGUUUUCUUGUGUGUAAUAACGAUGAAUAUUUCCUGGUUUUGUUAUUUGAAAGAAUUGUUAUUGGAAUAAUUGGGAGACUCUACUGUACUGUAUAUUACGGUACAUUUUAUAAUGUCUGUUUCUAUAUGCAUGUACAUUAUUGUCUAUUUUAUUAUUUGUGUUUACGAUUGAGUAUCUAACUAAAAUAUUAAAAGAAAAUAAUAUAUGUGAUUCAUCAAAUGACUUAACGACAGAGUACAUUUUAUGAGUCAUACAUGCAGUAUAUACUAGAACAAAUAUUUAUUAAGAACGUAUCAUAAACAUUAUAAAAUUAAAGAAUGCGUUAUUAAACAUGAACAAAACAGAA